UAUAACUGGGUGUGCGAUACAGCGCGAGAGGUCAGUCUACGCUGUCACUCACAAGGACCCAAACCCAUAACGAAGAUGCGGACGCUGCCGCAUCGGUCUGCGCUCCUGGGCAUCUUGGCCAUCACGGUCUUGACAGGAUGCGUUGGCUCUUCGGGAGCCCAAAGCCAUUGCCUUGAUCCAGCGUACGCGCAGUCCAGAAGGCGAUCGACGACGCGGACCGUUAAGACUCCCAGUACCACGAAUCAACCGGCAGUCACUACAUCGGUUGCCUUCGAGCCGCAGCGGAUGUACAGCACAAGAAUACAACGGAGGAUCGCAUCUCCUACCGUAACGCCGGUUCGCCAAUUUAAAACUACGCGAACUCACGCCACCGUUCGGCCGGAUGUCACUACGACAAUUGCCUACGAGCCACAACGAAUGCCGAGCAUGAGAAUCCAGCGGAGGCUCCCGUCUCCCACUGAAUCGCCUACCCGUCAAUUAAUGACUACGUUGAAUCCCGAUGUCGUUGAAAGUGCGUCGAAACCGAUAGCCAGGAGGAUGCGGAAGUCCAAGAAACAGAACAACGCCGCCAUGAUCGACGAGGCAUCGUCCUUGGUCUCGGUCGCUACCGCUCCUCGAAUCAACGAUCUCGUGCAUCCGGCACCGUCCACCUUAUCCAGACGGUAUUCAACCGAGGAUGCGACGCCGGGACAACGCCGUCGAGUCGCUCCGAGGGAGCAACCGAGCCCCUUCAACAUGAAUCAGUAUCUCGGAUUACCCAGAUCCAGCCCGACGCUCCGCGAUUCGAUGAUCCGAACGACAACCGCACUACCGCAGCUAGAGAACCUUGUUACCGAGCUUAAUCCUCAUACCUUGGCAGGGUACACCUUGGCCGCAAAUUCCUACGGGCACACUUCGAUACCACUUCUGCACAACGCUGCUUCCAAUGACGCGAUACAGGCAACCGCUACGCCGUUCGUACCCAGAGGUACAGUUCGGCAUCGUGACGAGAUCUCUCAGACCACGGAAAGUUUCACCAAGCUACAAAUUGAUCUUGAUAAUCAAGGGGAGAGUGAAACCAACAAGGGACGAUUAGAGAACGAAAGUAGCGAUUCUACUGCUACCGACACUGUCAAUGAGACUCCGAUGGAGGACACCAGCGAUUCGGCCAAUGUUGAGCAUCUAGGAUAUAGCUAUGCAGGCGCUGACGACAGUGAAGAAGAAAUGCAAGCUGAAAAUUAUAAGGUUCAUGAAAAUACCCACAAAGGGGGCGGCGGAGGACAUGGUGGACAUGGCGGAGGCAAAGGAGGCGGAGGACAUGGUGGAGGUGGACAUGGCGGAGGACACGAUGGUCAUGGCGGAGGUAAAGGCGGCGGAGGACAUGGUGGACAUGGCGGAGGCAAAGGUGGCGGAGGACAUGGUGGAGGUGGACAUGGCGGAGGACACGAUGGUCAUGGCGGAGGUAAAGGCGGCGGAGGACAUGGUGGAGGUGGUGGAGGAGGACAUGGCGGUGGUGGAGGAGGUGAAGGUGAUCAUAAAUUCGAAAAGGGGGGUGGCGAAGAGCACAAAGACCAUCAUCACGAAUCCCACGGUCAAUCGGGAGAAAAGAACUACAAAGGGCACCAUGAGUACGACAAGGGGGAGAAAGGUUACCACGACAAAGAAAAGCACAGCGGUCAUUAUGCCGAGAAAAAGGGUGACGAAAAGAAGCACCACGCGGAGAGUGGAUACCACGGGGAGCAUCACCACGGCGAAAAGGGAGUCAAAGAAGCGAACUUUGGCGAGAAGGGCGAGCAUCAAAAGGGACACAGUACGAAAGGGGAGCAUUCUAUCCACAAGAAGGACGAGUACGAGAAAAAAACGGAAUUCUUCGACGAGUUCCACGAGGAUGGAGGUAACGAGAAGCACGGUGAAUUCCAUCACGAGCACGACUUGAAAAAGGGAGGCCACGAAAAGUCUUCCCAUCUCGACGCCGGUGAGCACGAAGUGAAACACGGCAAAGAGCACAAACACGACAAGGGCCAUCAUUACCACGAGGACAAGGGACACAAACAGGCCGACGGGCACGAGGCCCACCACAAGCACGACGACAAGUUAGGCAAGAAAGAGUCCCACGAGGAAGCGAAAAAAUGGGCUUUCAGAAAGGGUGACGACGGGGCCGGAGGCGGCGGUGGAAAAAAGGAGGGAGACGGUGGCAAGAAGGAGGGAGGCGGUGGAAAGAAGGAGGGUGGCGGUGGUCACCACUGAGGAUCACCGUGAUCCGAAAAAUUAUUAAUCCCAUAAUCGAAUUCAGUAAGAAGCCUGAAGUGAUCAGGAGAGAUUGACUACGAAGAGGCAUCGAAUCGUCGGACUGAACGGAUUGGUUCGAGUGUUGAAAGCUGCUUCGGCACCGUUUCUUUCUAUCAUCUUGUCGCCGAUUUUCCUACGUGUGAACACCAAGUCGAAGCUCGAGGAUUUAAAUGUCGGCUGAACGAAAAUCGGCGACGGUGUCGACGGUCCUCACGUAACGCGUACAUAACACGUAUACAGUAUCACGCAUGUAUCAUACACACACUGACUGCACCACCCCAAUGUUAUUAUGACGUCUAAUAUAUGGCUAGUUGAAUUGUUAAUCGUUGA